CCUCUUCCUCAUCCAUCUCAGAAGCAGCCUGUGCAACCAACGAGUUCACGGGGGCCAACAUCAUAAGCCCAACCGUAGGUAUAUCGAGCAAUGGCGUCGCUGUCAAUGAGCGCGGCCGGGAGAGCUGGGUGGACGCCGCAGCAGAACAAGCUGUUCGAGCAGGCACUGGCAGUGCACGACCGGGACACGCCCGACCGCUGGCACAACGUCGCUCGUGCCGUUGGUGGCGGCAAGUCGGCCGACGAUGUCAAACGCUACUACGAGCUGCUCGUCCACGACAUCGCCCGCAUCGAGGCCGGCAAGGUGGCCUUCCCCGCCUACCGUUCCCCCUGCCCAGGCCUCGGCCACAACGCCGGCUACGAGGCCGACAGGUUGAAGCACUUGAAGAUCUAGGCGGCAAUGGACAAUGAAUGAUACACACUACAUAGAUCGAUGGAACUGGAAGCAUGUGCAUGUGCAUGAGAUAAGUCUUGUGCAUGGUGUCCAUGUCAACGUACGCAUGCAAGGCUAUGCAGAUGCAUGCAUGUUCAUAAUACUUCAGUAGCAAGUGGUCUAUGGCGGGAUCGACCUAUCUCCUUCCUCCAUGGAUUUAACUUAUCUCGUAUGUAUUCUAAUGUACAAUAUCUAUAUCCUCUGCACAUGUAACCAUAUGUCCAUACCAAUCAAAAGAGAAAAGAAAUUGAUGAUAA